AUGUCGGUUCUUGUUAAUGGUAGUCCUACUAAAGAGUUUACGGUUGAAAGGGGGCUUCGGCAAGGUGAUCCCUUAUCUCCUUUUCUUUUUGUUUUAGUAGUAGAAGGGCUUAAAGUUAUGGUUGAUAAGGCGGUGCAAAAUGGGGAUUUUGUUGGUUGUGAUGUUAAAGGCAUUAAUUUCAACAAGAGCAAGCUUAUUGGUAUAAACAUUAAUUCUCGUUUCUUGGAUGUGGCAACUUCCUUCCUUUCUUGCAAAAGGGAAGAAAAAGAGUUUUCUUUUCUUGGUAUUCAGAUUGGUUCUAAUCCUAGAAGGGUUAAGUUUUGGAGUCCUUUGGUCGAAAAUAUUAGGAGGCGCUUGAGUUCUUGGAAAGGGAGGUGGCUUAGUUUUGGGGGAAGAAUAACUCUUUUGAAAUCUGUGUUAGGAAGUUUACCUAUCUUCACUUUAUCUUUCUAUUUGGCUCCUAAAAAGAAGUGGAGAAUUUUGGAGGAUUUUAAUUCCAUUUGGUAUCGGAUGCUUAAAGCUCGUUAUGAGGAUAUCAAGCUUAGGAUGUUUAUUGAAGGAGGAAAAAUUGAUAGUUAUGGUUCGAAAUCGGUGUGGUGGUCAGAUAUUUUGUCUUUGGAGAAAAGAAUGCUCGUUGGUCUUUCUGUGGAUAGUGUUUCUUUUCGGAUUGGCGAUGGUUAUUCUAUUUCUUUUUGGCACUCUUUAUGGAUGGAGGAUGGCAUUUUAAAGUUGUUAUUUCCGUCUUUAUUUGCUAUUUCUUUUUUACAGGAAGUUUCUGUCGCUUGUAUGGGAGCUUAG